AUGGAUGAAGUCCGAAUUGGACAGACUUGCCGGCAGAGGUGAGAAUUAAGCCGAAGAGGGGCAGGAGAGGUGGAUUUUUUUGUCUGAAUGGUUAUUUCUUGAAUGUUUCAAGUUGCUAGAUGUGUUGCGAGUCAAGCAAGAGCUAUCAUAAGUCCAAUAUCUCCUGCGUGAUUAAAGAUGAUAGCCUGAAGGGCUGCUAUAUUAGCAUCAGGGCGGGUGAGCUGAUUAGUAUAAAAGAUAUGAUUCCUACACUUUCUCACCCAACAAACAGCUGAAAUAUAUUAUUAGCUGUAACAAGCAUUAAUAUGGCUAGUAAAAAUACUAAAAGGUAUUUGAAGAAUGAGGGUUAUGUGAGGAUCUUGUGAUAUGUAUCAGUUGGCAAACUCAAAUAAUUAAUGACACAGGUAGGAUGGCCGAAUAUUUCGGUGUGGGACUGUAGACCCCCACAUGGAGGUUUAAUUCCUUCUCUUAUCAGGAAAGUCUCGUCGUGUUUUCACGCUGAAAUGCAAAUUUGGAGAAGCACCCCCAAAAGGUGCUGGGGCCAUUUUCAUCAAAUGCACCUUCGAACAUAAGAAGAGCCUGCUGGACCAGGCCAAUGGCCCACCUAGUCCAGCGUCCUGCUCUCACAGUGACCAACCAGAUGCCAGAGGGAAACCUGCAAGCAGGACCUGAGGACAAGAAAACCUCCUCCUGUAGCUUCCAGCAACUGGUAUUCAGAAGCACGGAUGCCUCCGAGUGUGGAAGCAUUCAUUCAGCUUCAUUAGAAGUCCAUGAGUUCUAGUGCUAUGAGAAACUCUUCUCCAUCCGUUUUCUAAAUGCCAUGCAUGGUUUUUAUAAACGUCAAACAUGUCACCAGUGUGGUGUAGUGGUUAAGAGCAGUGGACUCAUAAUCUGCUGAACCGGGUUCGCUUCUCCGCUCUUCCCCAUGCAGCUGCUGGCUGACUUUGGGCUAGUCACACUUCUCUGAAGUCUCUCAGCCUCACUCACCUCACAGAGUGUUUGUUGUGGGGGAGGAAGGAGAAUGUUAGCCGCUUUGAGACUCCUUCGGGUAGCUAUAAAGCGGGAUAUCAAAUCCAAACUACUACUACUACUACUACUCUUCUUCUUCUUCUUCUUCUUCUUCUUCUUCUUCUUCUUCUUCUUCUUCUUCUUCUCUUAAUCCACCUUAAAUUGGGUGCCUUUCACUAAGCAAGGCCACUAUUUCCCUUCCUUCCUUCCUUCCUUCCUUCCUUCCUUCCUUCCUUUUGUAUUCUUUCUUUCCAUUUCCCUUCCCUUUUCUUUUUUUGCCUUUCUAUGGCUUGAUUUGCUUGUGAAACCUCCACUGGACAGGGUUCCUCAAUUUAUAAAAUGUUCUGGUAUCCUUCAUGAUGCAAGUUCCGUGACAGGCUGCAGAGUUGCAUAGCAACUGUAACCAUGACUUACUCACCCUGAAAGGUUCUUGCCAUCAACCUGAAGCUUUCCAGACUGGGUUGCUGUCAAAAGGGUGUGGAAUUUCCUUCUCUCUCUCCUUCUUCCCCCGCCCCCUCUCUGGAUAUCUACAAAUUUGCCUUGAUGCUUUUGAGUUCUUCCUGUGCAAGUUCGCCUGAGGAGAGACAGACCACAAGCUUCCUGGUUGAUUCACACCCCAAUCCGUAGGAGAGUUAAGCUGCAAUUUUUGGUUUUAAGACAGCUCAGUCCGGCUGAUAUCAGUAGGGUAGGGCUAGGGAUGCCAUGGGGCAAAUGUGGCCCUCCAUGCUUCUCUAGUUGGCCCAUAGGAGUCUCCCCAGCCACAACCCCUCUCCUCAAACUGUACCUCUUUGCUUUGCAUUCUCCCCCUGUGUUUUUGCUUGUAUCCUUCAACUCUGAUAAUGCUUCUUGCUUGUCAGGAUGAGGGAUAGAGAUAUAUCUGUAAGUGUGUGUAGAAACUAGCCUAACUCAUAGCUCCAAGUGUCCCAAUUUUCCAGGGACAGUCCCAGAAUUACAGAAGCCUUCCCGGUUUCUGAUUUAACCCAGAGUAUCCCCAUUUCCCUUUCUCCUCCCCUCCAUAUCUUGGAGAACAUUUAAAAGUGCUGUGUGUGUGUGUGUGUGUAGGUGCAAAACAGAGUCCUGUUUAUACUGAAAAUAAAAUCCCUGCACCAACAAAGCCCUUCCUAUAAUUGUGAAGGAAAAUGUCACCAAUCCACUUUAAAUUCUUUAAUUGCCCUGCUUCAGCAGCAGCCAUUUUUUUUAGUGUGGAGGGUUUAUUCCCUUAUUGUAAAUGGAGAAGUCUACUGAGAAGUAAUUCCCACUGUUUUCAACUGAGCUUUCUAAGUUCGAUAGGAUUUACUCUCUGGUAGUAGUAGCAUAAUCCAACUUUUUCUCCCUUAUAGGGACUCAAGGCACCUUACAGCUAAAAAAUAAUAACAAUUCAUUCCAUUUAUCAUUUGAAGGUGUUGUACAUGAUCCCAUCCCCUCACACAUUAUGUUUGCUGUGAGAUCAAAUGUGGGAGAAGCUUCCUCAUGUAGAAUAGGGUGUCCCUAUUUUCAUCAGGGUAUGCUAACUGCAUAAGGGUAAGAUUCACUUUUGGUGCCCUGCCCACUUUCACCUCUUGCUCCACCCAUCCUUUGCAUGCAGCCCCCAAAGGCUGCCCAGGAGGAAAUGAAGAAUCAAUUUUGUUGGAAAGGGAAGGCCUUCAGUAGGUGCUGAAAAGAUAUAGGCAAGGAUAACAAAUAUCGACUUGAAAGUAUUGUGCUGGAACAGAAAGGACUUCAAUAGGUGCUGAAAGGAUCAUUGAGACAACACCUGUUUCAUGUGUGAUGGAAGGGAGUUCCUGAGAAGGUACCUGCUCGAUAAGUAUUGGGAGAGGGUAGCUGCCUCAACUCUGUCUGGAUUCAGCACAAAUCAGCCUGAUUUGGUUCAUGAUUUGGACAAACAAGUUGCACAGCCCUAAUAAUUAUAAUUAAUACUGUGCAACUGAUCUGGCUGAAUCCUGGGCUGGAAACUGAAUUGGAAACUGAAUUUGUGACAAAUCUGGAUUAAGUCAAGGCAGCUACAAAUUGCCACAAAGCAGAAGCUCCCUUCCAUUACACAUAAAACAAGUAUUGUCUCAAUUAUUUUUUGACACCUGUAUUGGAUUUGAAAACUCUUUUAAUUGUUUGCAUAUAUGAAAUUGCUUUAUAGAUGUCUUUAUUGCAGCCUUGCUUUGAGAUGUUUCACAGGAAGCAAUUCAUAAAUGAGAAGCAAUUAAUUAAUUACAUCUCAAACUGCAUGGCCUGGGGCAAGAGAGACUCUGGGCUGGAUGUGAUGACUUGCACGUGUCUCCCAGUGCUGGUGAAGUUCUAGAUAACCUUACAUCUCCUCACAGCACAAUGCUGUUCAAUGAAGCCAGCACACAUGCUCAGUUGAAGAUCAUUGAGUGAUGCCAGUGUAUGUCUUCCCAUGGAAAUGGCAUUGUAAGAGUCAAUGAGAAUAGAAGAAUUAGCAUGUGCAAUGGGUGGGGUGCAUGGUUUCUUCUUUCUCUGUUACCAGGAAGAGAAAUGGAUGCCGGAUACAGGUUUUGAUUAAUCCAGGGAUAGGGAACCUGUGGUCUUCCGGAUGUUAUUGGACUUCAACUUCCAUCAGUCCAAGCCAGCAUGAUGGAAGCCAGGGGUGAUGGAAGCUGUUUUCCAGCAACAUCAGAGGGCCAUAUAUCCCUGCACUCAUGUGAGCCUGUGGGAUCCAGUAUAACUAGAGAAUAAAGAGAAAGCCAAAGUUUUAUGGGGAUGUCAUUGUCUAGUCUGAAUAUGUCACUAAGAACCCUUAAAUGAAACAUUUAAGAACCAAAGCUGUAUUUUAUCUAAUUUUAUACACUUGUCCUAAUAUUUGAUGUCAUGUCUGUUCUACAGAGUAUGCUACAGAGUUUAUGCUACAGGAGGAGAAGAAGAAAGGAAUAUAGAACAACAGUUUUUUCUGGAGCAGGUAUACACAGCACACCAGGAUCUAUUUUUAAUCUGCUUAGUGGUGGGCUGGUUUAGACACCUGGUUAACAUCUGGGAAAGCUGAAACCGAGUAGAAGUUCAAGAACUCUUGCUCGCUCCCUUUCAUUUUUGCCUGUUUUGAUUUCCCCUGCAAUUGUUUCCCGUCUUCCAGGCCUUAUGACACCACAGCAAGGAAAUGUCUACAGGAUCGGACAAAUCAGAACCAGCUGUUCUUUGUCAAAUUCGAGCCCCAAAAAACAUGAUGGAAAAUCUGUGAGAAAAUAUUUAAGAGAUAAGCAGGUUGGGAAUUGUGUGCUGGUGAAUUGGCACAGUGCAUCAAUCAUGUAAACAGUUGGGAUGUGCAAAGCUGCUGUCAUCAGCUAUCACAAAUUUGGUCAUCAUGUAUUAUUGCUUCCCUUUCCUCCAGGCAACUGUGCCAUAUGGGAGAACCACACCUAUUGCAUGGAAUUGUUCAGAUAGAAUAGGCCUGCAAGUAUUGAGCUUGUAGAGUGAGAAGGUGCCACAGGAUUUACGUCCUGCUGUGGGGCCAAUGCUUCUACACAGACAUUGUUCAGAACAUUGCACAGAACACUCUCCUUUCAAGAGAGAGGGAUGGGAUUGCCAAAUGGAGAAAUGGACAUGGCAUUAGUCAACUGCCAAAAGGCAGCACCAUGGAUCUCUUGGUGCUGCCAACUCCACUUCCAGAUGUCCUUAUCAUGUGCAUUCAUCAUGACUUGUGCUCAUGAUGCUGUUAAGGUGGUCAUACAAACUGUGGUCUUUGGGGAAGUCACUGUUAGUGGUCCUUCAUGGUUUGGAUGCAUAGCUUGGAUCUACCAGGAGCUAUGUGUUCAAUACAGUGAGCCCAGUUGCGUGGCGAGUUCCUGCCCCCCCCCAUGAAAAUAAUGACACAUGACACAAUUAUUAAGGUUAAUGGACUAAAUAAAGUCACAACUUUAUUGGUUACAGGUGAUGAGCGGUAUUGGCUUAGGCAUUGGUCCUAACCAACUAUAUCUGACUUUACCCCAUCUGCUUGAAGUCCAGGAAGGGUUUACCACCGGUAGGGGGAGUCCUGCUGAUGCACAUCAACUAGAAUUCCUCUGGGGUCACCGAUUGGGGGCGUGCCUUAGGCCCUCACCUCCCUAGGCUUCAGACAGGGCCACGCCCUCUGAAAUCCUUUAUCGGACUACCCUUCAAUAUGCGGGGCACGUGAUGGCACUACCUCCCCUCUUCCAUCUGCAGAACAAUACCAAUGCCUAACUGCCAAUACCAAGAAAGUUGUGACAAUUUGCUACAAGGUAGGCGAAAACCAAGUGGCUGGUGCCAAUUUGCCAAAUGGAAAAAAAUCCUACCAGGCCCCUCAGUGGCGACCAACCAAGGUCCAUAGCAAGGUCAAGGAACGAAAACAUUAUAGGGCGGGAGGGUGGGAAAAGCAGGAACAGCUGGCAGGCGGCAAAGAGGGAGAUCCCCGGCUGCGUCCUGCCUUAAAUAGGGCAGGCUGUGGCCCCAGAGCCAGCUGAUUGGCUGGCCAGGGAGUGACGUGGCCAGGAAUCCCCCCAAUAGUGCUUGGGCUGGGCUCCAGCUGCCCGCGCGUGUUGGGGCUGUGAAGCCCACAACCCCACCUCCUCCAUAGGGCGUAAGUGGCUUUUUAUGAAACUGCCAAACUUAACUGGCCCUAGGUUGGGUUUUCUUUUCGUUUGUGCCUUUUCCUCAGUGAAAUAAGGAUUAUUUACAUUAGGCAUUUAGUACAAUGUUGUUACAAGUUAGGGCAGAAGUGCCAUUGGGCAGGAUCAACACAGUAAAGGGGACUGGCAUAAGAAGCCUGAGGAGAAGAUGAAUGAUGGCUCACCUUAAAAUCAGGUUAAGGCCUCUUCCUGGCUGUAAUCUCUCACCCUGUUUGCCCAGUGAGACCCUGAACAGGGUUCAACACCAAGCGACUCCUAAGGAAGGGGUUGGGGUGCUAUCAGCAAGGGCUGAGUGGAAUGAUGAACUAUCCCUGCCCUACUGCCAUGCCAGCCCCUGCUGAUAGUCAAUGAUGAUUUGGCCUGAUUGUCACCCAACAUCUGAUGUCUUGUCUCAGUUAUUUCUCCUCAUGUGCACAUUUCUGCAUGCAGUUUCCCCUAAUAUACACCUAUUUGCAAAUUAGUUUUCCUUCAUAUACUAUAAUGCAUCUUUGUAUACAUUGCUUGGCUAGAGAACCGUGUUUCAGUGAAAAUUUGAAACGAGGUUCACAUUCUGUUUCAGAAAAUGUGAAUUCGGUAGGCUUGCCUUCUUCAUUUCUUCAGCCUUUUCUUCACUAUUUUAAUUAAAGGAUUUCCAUGCACUUUAGGAACCGAUGAUUCCUGAACCAAUGUUCUUUGAAAGCCACAGGCACCCUUGUUUUGACAUAUUCUGUUUCUGGAAUGAUAACCUUCCCUAAUGAGCCUUUCAUCACAAGAGUAGUAUCCUUCAGGGAACGAUGCAUUCUCAGUUGAGGAUGGGCAUGAAGGCAAACAUGUCUCAAAAAUGAACAGCACUGUUCUAGUUCCAAGAUAAUCAUGUUCUGCCAUUGCCAAUCCCCUGGGAUGUAUGCUAUCAAAAGAUGUUUUGCUAAAAUGAUUAGUGGUCUGUCAUUCAGUCAGCCUAAUAAAUCAAGGUAGGUUCAUGCAGCAUGGAAGUACAUGAGUUAGGUAUUCCAAAAGAAACAUGCCUUCUUUUCCUCAGUCAAUGACUUGGCGUGCAACUUUGACUUUUGGAAAUUAUUCUAAGACUGCCGGCAUCAGUCUUUCAAGAAGGACCUUAUGAACGCAUUGUGCUCCAGAUCCAAUCCUAAUUAGAUGAUUAGUUUUGUCUUGACAUGGAGUCUAGCAGACCACUUUCACAUUGCCCCAAAAGUGAGGAAACACAUCACUGAAAAAGAGGGUACAGAUAUGCAUAAAAUUUGCAUAUGCUAAUUAAUAUAUACAGGUUAGCAUUUAGAAAUUCCUCCUAUAAUUUAAGCAGAGGUUUAAUUGAUGUUUUAAUUUUAAUGGUAGAUAGAUAGAUGAUAGAUAGAUAGAUAGAGGUGAUAGAUAGAUAGAUAGAUAGAUGAUAGAUAGAUAGAUAGAUAGAUAUACGCUAGAUAGAUGAUAGAUAGAUAGUUGCUGUAAGCCACUUUGAGACCUAGAUGGCAAAAAGCAGGAUAUUGAUUUUUUAAAACAAACAUGUAAGCAAGCAAGCAAGCAAGUAAAUUUGACUCAACAAAAUUUGCCCACAUAUUCUCUGAGGCACAGCAAUGUACAUCAAAUGCCACUUAUCCUGAAAACCAAACCAGCCACACCACUACAGAUGGUGAGUGAAGAUGUUGAGAUGUCAUUUUCCUUUAUGACCUUGAUAGGUAGUCAUUGAUUUUCUUGGCCGAGUCCGACUAUCCAAGACUCCAACCAGAUGCAGCCAGCCCUAGAUUUGAGGGGAAACAAAAGGCUCCAGAAGGGCCAUAUAAUUAUGUUUUUAAGAAUAAAAACAUAAUGUUGCAUAGGAGAAUAGGGCUUUUUAAUAUUUACUUUUACAAGAUGAAAGUGCUGCUCAAGUAGACCAAUCCAUCUCCUCCACUCGUUUAUGAAUGCAUGCAAAAUGUGGAAUGAAUUAUUUGCUCUCACUCAGUUUUACCAUAGGUUCUUGAAGUAG